CAAUAUAAUUUUAUAGCAAGUUUAUAGCAAUUUGCAUGUCGAGUUGCUCGCGUCCGUCAUUGUCAGUUCAAUAGUACUUACAAAAUGGCAUCUAGAAUCUUGACAUUGGCUUUAUUUCUUGCUACCCUAUUUCUUUCUGGAGUUCGUUCACAAUCUUGUCGUCUACCGCCGAGCGUUUGGUGUUCAUCGCGUGAAGUAGCUCAAAGUUGUGGCGUUGAAAAGCAAUGCGAGCCGUAUUUGGUACCCGUAUCAGAGGCAAAACUCGUCGACUUCACUCUUUACCUAGAAAGCCUUUGCCCUGAUUGUAAAAAUUUCAUUAACAAGCAGCUAUGGCCUGCCUUCAAAGCCGUCGGUAGUAUUAUGAAUUUAGCCCUGGUGCCUUAUGGAAAUGCAAUGGAACAACAACAGGGCGACAGAUGGCAAUUCGAGUGUCAACAUGGGGAGCAAGAAUGCUAUGGGAACCUUAUUGAGACAUGCGCUAUACACUAUCACCCCAAUUCAACGGUCUAUUUUCCUUUUAUUUACUGCAUCGAAUCAUCGACUUCUUUACCAAGAAGCGUCGCACCAGAAUGCGCAUCAAAGUUUGGCUUCGAUUACUCCCAAAUUCAGUCAUGUGUCGACGGUCCUUUGGGCAACAAAUUGGAGCAUGAGAUGGCUUUGAAAACAAAUGCACUACAACCACCUCAUACCUAUGUCCCUUGGGUAACGUUGAAUGGCGUGCAUACCGACAAAAUACAGAACGAAGCCCAGGAUAAUCUUGUGAAGCUCAUUUGUGAGACCUACCAAGGCAGCCCAAAACCACAAGCUUGCUCGCAGUAGACACGUUAAAGCAGAACUCUUGAAACAAACAAUAUGAAUUGAAAAUAAAUAGAGAUGUCUAACAAAUAUUAAAUCAAUUUUUAGAUGAAAAAAAA